ACACUAUUGUGGAAUCAUAGAUAUUAUUUCAAUGCCAAAGUCGUAAUGAAAUUAAAAAGAAUAUAUUUAUAGUCCAUGUUAUUAAUGGUAAUAUUUUCAUUAUGAAAUGCCCCAUGACAAUGGUUCUCGCACAAAAGAACGUUAAGAAAAUAAAAUAUAAUGUUGGUAUGUUUUUGCUUCAAUAGUUUAAGUAGAAAUAUAAAAAUCCCAGUGGGUUGUUUGUAAUGAAGUUUUAUAAGCCGAAUCUGUAGCCAAAAUAAAUGCAACGUCAUUUUGAUACUCAAAUCCAAGCUUUUUCGACAGGAUACCCAGUAUUUUAAGAGGUAAUUUUAAGAGAAAGUAGUGCUUCAACUUCACCAACAUUGUGAAAUGGCCAAUCCUGAAAAUAAAAAGUAUGAAGCAAAAACAUUUGUUCUACAGAAUAUACCUGAAACAUACAACCAAAGUAUGGUCAAAGACUAUGUUGAAGGAACAUUAGAUGUGGAUGUUGAUGGUGUUAUUUACUUUCCAUUAAUACAAAAAAGAGCUCUUGUUAUAUUGAAGGAAGAACUGAACGAUUUCAACACUGCAGCGAAAACUAUCAAAAGUGAGAAAGUUGAGUCACAGGAGCUGAUUUUACUACAAACUCAACAGAAGCCAGCAGUUGUUGUGGCAGAAAAUGAUUUUAAUUUACUUGAAAAAGAAUUUUUGAAAUUGUAUUUGGAAGUGACUUUUGGCAAUAGUAAAGAUUUAAUACAAAAUUGUAAAACUUGGCCUUCAGAAAAAAUAGCAGUUGUUUCUUUUGAAGAGAAAGAUAUUAAAGUUGUAGAGUAUAUACUGAAGAAAGAAGAUCACAUUCCUUUACCUUCUGAAAAUUACCAUGUAAAGAUUUAUCCAUUCUUCACUAACUUUCAUGAUCACAUUGGACAAAAAGCUGAGACAAAUACUGUUGAAACAGAAGAAAGCAGCCAGGAGGAAACAGAUGAUGAUGAAGAUUCAAAUAAUAAGGAUAAUUCUGAUGAUAAUGCCAAUAAUGGCCCUAAAGAUAAAAACUGUGAUAAUUAUAGUGAAAAUAGCAAUUCUGAUGAUGAAGAUAAAAUUAAUAAGGGUGGUGAGAUCAAUAAUAUGGGUGAAAGUCAAGAAGAAAGUGAUAGUGAUGAAAUUGAAGCCCCUGAAGACAAUCAAAGUGGUCCAAUUAACAAUAGUUUGAAAUCUGAUGAUGAUGAUGAUGCAGGAAAAAGUGAAGAGGAGGAUGACAGUGAAUCUUCAAGCAAAACUAACUCUGAAGAUGAACAGAAUAACAGAAGACAACCAUUCAAAGAAAUUAACAGUAGAACAGCGAGUUAUAGGGGUAAAGGUGGUAUCCGCGUAGUUUGUAAAAAGAAAGCUGUUACAGAGCAUCACGGUGAAGAUAGUGAUAUGGAUAACUCAGACGAUGACAAACAAAACAGUCAACAGCAAGAGGUAGAUGAUAGAAAGACAGGAAAGAAAUUGGCUCCUGAUGUUGAUAAACAUGAAGAUUUUGAUGAAUUCAAAGAUCACCAGACUGCACGGUUGCAUUCUAAUACUUCAAACAUUAGAGGGAUUACUUUUAAAGUCAGGGGCAUGUCUAGAACAUCAAAUAUUGCAAGCACAAAAAAUGCUAAAGGAUUGAAAGAGGAGGAUACUACUGAUGAAGAUACUGGUGCAGAUACAGAUGAUUCUAGAUGCAGUAACAAAAGGCAAGGUGUAACAGGCAAUGUAAAAGACAAAUGUUACCGGGGAAGAGGAUCUAGUGUAACAAAAGCCAGAGGUGGACACCAAAGUGAGUCACUCAAAGAGAAAAAUACUGACAGUAAGACAGAUAACUCAUUUGAUAGAAAACAAAACAGUCAGCAGCCAUGGUCUGUAAAUGUGACUCGUUAUAGAGGAAGAGGAAGAGGUUUAGUUAAUGUAAGUGUAGAUCCCAUAGAACAGAACAAUAGCACUGAUGAUCUUGAAGAAAAAGAAUUAAAAGAUAACAAUGUCAUUCCACAACAAUCUGGACCACGUUAUGUAUGGCAAAAAAGUUUUAGAGGUAGAGGUACAGCGAAAACCAAAACUGUUACAAAAGAUAAAACAUUAAAAGAGGUAGAAGGUAAUGAUGAUGAUACAGAUGAAGAUACAGACUCUCCAGAUGAAUGUGAGUACAUAGAUAAAAUGAAACAACCUAGUUCCCCUCUAAAUCAAGGAGCCAGUUAUCGAGGGAGGGGAAGAGGUAGAGGUACAGCAAAAACCAAAACUGUUACAAAAGAUAAAACAUUAAAAGAGGUAGAUGGUAAUGAUGAUGAUACAGAUGAAGAUACAGACUCUCCAGAUGAAUGUGAGAACAUAGAUAAAAUGAAACAACCUAGUUCCCCUCUCAAUCAAGGAACCAGUUAUCGAGGGAGGGGAAGAGGUAGAGGUACAGCGAAAACCAAAACUGUUACGAAAGAUAAAACGUUAAAAGAGGUAGAUGGUAAUGAUGAUGAUACAGAUGAAGAUACAGACUCUCCAGAUGAAUGUGAGAACAAAGAUAAAAUGAAACAACCUGGUUCCCCUCUCAAUCAAGGAGCCAGUUAUCGAGGGAGGGGAAGCAAGGGGAUGAGUACACUGCCAAAGAAACAAGUAACUCUUCCAAAUGAAUUUAAUAGUAAUGAUAGAGUUAAUGAUACUAUUGGUAAAGAUAAAAGUUCAAAUGUUUCAUCUAGCUUCAGGGGCAGAGGUAGUGCUUUAGCACAAACUACACUUAGUCAGAAAAAAAAGUCUGAUGAUGAAACCUCUAUAAAAAAAACAAGUGACCCUCACAAUUUUCCAAAGAUAACUAGAGGACUUUUAAGUCAAAGAGGGAGAGGAGCUCAUAGUUUGACAUCCACUAUAAAUAACAGAAGUAAUAAGGAAGAUAAAGAACAAUGUCAAGAGCCCAAAAGAUUUGAUUUAGAGGGAGGAAAAAAAGCAAAAGAUUUGUCAAAAUUAAAAGAAGAACUUGAAAGGAAAAAAAAAGAAUUAGCUGAAGAGAAUGCACGCCUUGUGAUUGAAAUUGAAAAAAUACCCAUGACUGAAUUACAAGCUAAAUGUUUACAACCUUACAUGAAAUCCCUUCAAGAUUGUGAGGCAUAUUAUGACACUGAGGCAAAAGUAGCUAUUUUAAAAUGUUCCAAGCAACUUAUGCAAAAAUAUCAAUGUGACUUUCUUAAAGAAAUCAGAAAAGUCAUGGAUGAUAAUAUUCCUAUAAACAGUGAUGUCCAUAACAUUCUCUCUUCUGAGAAGGGAUGCACUUUUUUGAAGCAUCUUAAUACUUCAGUGUUAAAGUCAGCAUUUGUUGAGCUAAGUGGUGACUCAUUGUUAAUUUCUGCUCUUGAUGAAAAAAGUCUUAAUGAUGCUAUGCAAUUUAUUAAAGAAAACAUAGAACAUGUUGAAACAUUUGAUAUGAAGGCUGAUAUUCCUGUUGAUAAAAUAAAUAGUUUGAAGCUCAAAAUGGAAUAUAAUUUUCUAGUCAAAGGAAACUGGGAUGCUAAAAAACUUCAACUAGUACUUCUUGGAGUCAAAGAGGAUGUUAUAGCAGCACGUAAAUGGGUGGAGGAGUUCCUUGAUGAAUAUGGAGUUAGUGAAAAGUCGUUUGAUGUAGGGGAACCAUUAGCUAAAUAUUUUUUCACUUGUCUUGAGGAUCAAAUAAAAGAAAUGUUGAAACAAGUAAAUGUAAUUGACCUUUCAUUAAGUGAACAUCAAAUGUCUGUAAGGUUUCAAGGAAAUAAAGUUGAUGUUACUCAAGUUCUUAGAAAUCUGGAAAAUCUGAAAAGCCAAAUUAAAACAGUGCAAUGGGACUUGUUGGACAACUUUAAAGCUCAUGAAAUUUUUCUGAUUACGAACUGUUUAAAUCAUGGCAAACUUAAAGAAAUAGAAAAUUUGUUCCAUUAUAAAUAUAAGUGUGUUCUUGAUUUUAGUAAUAUUGCAUCAUUCAAGCUACAUUUCCCUGUAUCAAAGCCAACUGGUAGUAAAAAUCAAAAUAUAAAGCCAAAUGUACUAAGACCUCAGUCAUUGUUGGAAAAGCCUAAACCUAGUGAUAAACUAAUCUAUACUGUAAGCAACACUUGUCAAUUGAUCAUUAAAUCAAAUGGAGAUGUUGUCAAGGAACCAUCAGACAUUCUCGUGUCAGUUCUGGGAACAGAUCUAAAUUUGAAAAAAACAAGAGUAGGAGGAUCUUUUUACAAAACUUGUAAAUCACACCAGGAAGAAGUCAAAUUAAGCUCUAAAACCAGUGCCAGUUCUGUUGUGACUGUGAAGAAACCUCAAGAUUUAAAUUGCUUAGCAGUUUGUCAUGUUGUUUUAGAACCAUGGGAUCCGAACACUUCAAGUAGUAAGUUAAUGGCAGCCAUACAGCAAGUUUUCAGUGAAGCUAAAGUUCUUGGAGCUAAAACAGUUUCAAUUCCAGCCUUGGGGUGUGGAACCACAUUUCAAUUUCCCCCCUCUGAUGUUUCUCAAAUCCUAUUUAAGGCUUUUCAAAGUUCAGAUGUUGGAAGUUUUCUUCAGAAAAUAGUUUUACUUGCACCAGAUGUAAAUCUUUUGAAAGAAUUAAAACAACAAGCCUCUGUACUAUCCAAACCUUUGCAGAUACUUCCCAAACCUUUAGCUGGUACUACAUUACAGACAGGCAAUACAGAAGAAUCAAGUGACAGUAGCAGUGAUGAUUGUGAUGAUAAUGAUUUUGAAGAAUUAGAUGAAAUAUCAACCAAUAAAAAUCAGAGUAACACUGAAAUAACCAUUAUGACUAAACGUGAUCAAAAAGAUAUUGAUAAAUUAAAGGAAAUGCUUAAGGAAGAUUUUAAGACAAUUUUUCUUCAUACCGAAUUCUUUGAACAAGAUCAGUUAAAAUAUUGGCCUAGAGAAUCAAGAAAAAAAAUUGUUGAAAAAGCCAAGACCUUGUCUGUAUGGGUGAAAUCAUCUAAACACCCAAAUACACAUUUUAUUAGUUUUCUCCUCAAAGGAGAAAAGAAAGAUGUGGAUGAAGUGAAACUAUUAAUACGCAAAGAAUUAUUGGAACUGUCAAAUCAGUUGCCUCAAAAGAAAAUGUCCUCCGCCAAAGCACCAAAGAGAGGUACUUUAGAAUUUGUGAAGUAUGCAGCAGAAAGUGAUGAACGCAUUCCAUCUUACUGGAGUCUUAAUGAAAAGAAAGGUUACUGGAAAAGUUUUACAUCAUAUUUUUCUCAAAAACAAGUUUUGGUAAAUGUUGACCAGGAAACAAAAGAUGCAGUUUGUCAUGUUGUUAAUAAAACUUUUAACAAACAUCCUAUUGGCCAGAGUUCAAAUGCUGCAGGAUUAAAUCAUUCUAGCAUCAAAGUGAUAGAUGUUCACAGAGUGGAAAAUGUUGAACUAUUUGAGAAAUAUCAUACUCUAAGGAAAACUAUGUUUCGGAAAAUUGUACAAACACAAAAAAUAUUUAAUGAAGUUGGAAUAAUUUCUCAUUCCACAGGACCCAUACUCACUACCAAAUAUCUCAGUGAGGCCAUGAAAAAAGAAUUAUAUUAUGAAAUUAAUGAACACUAUCUUUUUUAUGGAACUAAAACAAUAGAAUUAGAAAAUAUUAUUCAUAAGGGGCUUGAUUAUAGACUUGCUGUAGAUGGAAUAUUAGGGAAAGGUAUAUAUACAGCUGAAAGAUCCACAAAAUCUGAUCAAUAUGCAGAUUCUAAGGAUUCCAAACUGACCAUGAUUCUGUGCAGAGUGGUUCUAGGAAAUGUUUUUCUUUGUGAACUAAACAGUGAAUUUGUAACUAAUCCAGGUAAAAAAUUGUAUAGACCUCCAUGUACUCAAUGUUUUGAAACAAGAUGUCAUUGUGCUAAACAGAUCCUCUUUGAUUCUGUGAUGGGAGAUGGACAAUUUCCAUUUAGAGAGUUUGUUGUGUAUGAAGGGAGUCAAUGUUAUCCUGAAUAUAUUAUAACCUAUGUCAGAGAAUAGUUAGCUUGUUUAUCAUUCAAAUGUUAAUUUUGUUAUCAAUUUCGUAUGACUGGGAAAAACAAAAACAUUGCAUUUGUGAAAAUUCUUUCAUUAACAUGUUGCUUACAGUUUAAAAUAACUUUAAAAUGGAUGCAUUUAAAUUUUUAAAAAGUGUAUAAUGUAUAAUCUGAUUUUGUUAAACACCUUUAAAUACUCUUCAUUUUAAACCGAAGUAUCUAAGUGUUUAGCAGCUUUUCUUUUUACUUGUUUGGAGAUCUAUUGCUAGGCAUGAAAUAUUUUUUUAAACCUUUUUGCAGCAAGUCAACAGUUCAUUUUUCCCCCCUCCUUUAAUAUAAAACAUGAUACAAGUAGUUGUCUCUUAAAGAUUGGGUUCCAUUCUAACAAUCCUGUUGUUGAGCAAGUCUGUAACAAAUCUGUUGUUAAGUGAGUCUCGACAUGGUGCUUGGUAUUUUUUUGCCUUCCAACACCAGGUCUUUUUUCUCUUGUAUGUACCUACAGUUUAUGCAAUACUAAUCAUAUUAGAGUGUACAGUUAUUAGGUACUGUACGUUUGAAAUAUUUGAAAUAUAAAAAUAGUAUUAAAAAAAAUACCAUUAAUAGUUUUACUGCAUUCCAUGGAUUAGAAUAUCAUUGUUUCAACAUAUAAUGUACUGUAUUUUUUAUAGUAGUUGUUGAAAUUGUAAUUAAAUGUGUAUUUAAAAUGUGUACUGUAUUUUUUUUUUCUAUCCUUUGAUUUUUUUAAAACUUGUUUUCAAUUCCUUUACUGUACAGGUACACUAAUAAAUGGUAGAGUAAAGGGAAUUCAGGUUACAAACCUUUUUUUAACAUAAAAAAAAAUUGAUUACAUUACAGUAGUACAAUACAAUACUAUUGAAUGUUCUGUACAUAACAGAUAUUAAGUUUAUAUACAAUAAGGUACUAAACUCAUUUGUACUUUAGGAAAGAAAAACUAAACUUGAAUUUCAAAACCACUCACUGGGCUGCCUCUGCACUUUGCGUGUGCUGAGAACUUUGAAAUUUUUUUGUGCAGUGAAAAUAAUUGGUCAGUCAGUCAUUACGCUAGGUCAUAACUUCUAGUCAUAGUUAUUCAGACCAGUGGUUAAGCAAAAACUACCUUUAAUUUAAAGUUUCUCUUUAUGUACAAUAAAUGUUUUUUUUUUAAUUUUCGAAAUUCCUAAUUGCUAUUUUUAUUAAUAGGUUUGAUUCUCUGACAAUGAUAUAAUCUAAUUUCUGUGAUGGUGAUUCAUGUGUAUGCAACGUCUCUGAAAGUGAUUAUUGGUAAAGUCAUGAUUAUAGAACUCAGUUUAUCAAUCAAUAAUUCUUUGGAAGAGGGGAGUAAAAAUAUUUUUUUUGUCUCAAUCAUUUCUUUUCUUUAUCAAAGAGCACAUUUCUUUAACAUGUGUAGAUUUGUAUCUUCCCUAAUCCUAUUUGAAAUAAUCCUAUUUGAAAUACUUUCCCAGUCGGAAGUAUUCACACAGAAAAUUUCACAUUAACAGUGGCAUCAAAUUAUAGACUGUGUUCCAUGUUACCAAUCCUGUUGUUAAACAAGUCUGUAGCAAAUCUGUUGUUAAGUGUGAAUUGAAAGAUUCUCGUUAUUCUAAUCACAUGUCUGUUCUGCUGACGUCUUUUUAGUGUUACUUUAUUAUAAAAAUGUUUAAAUUAUUUCAUUUAAAAACAUUAAAUUACUAUUUGUAAAAUUUA